AUGACAUCUUCAAGCUCAGUGGGAAGUAGGAGCAAUAUCCGAUCACGAAGGCAAGCAUUAAGGGCAACAUGCUUUUGUGAAGACCCCAUUGGUAAGUGGACAUCAUGGAGGCCAACAAACCCUGGCAGGAGGUUCAUCGGCUGCCCUAAUUUCUGGGAUGAGGAAAAAUAUUGCAAGUAUUUUGCUUGGGUCGAUCCCCCAUUACCAAACAACUGGUACAGAAACUUGUUGAUGGAGUUUCACAAUAAUAACAUUCAAGUACACAAUGAGUUUGCGGAAGAAUUUGUGGAAGAAGCUGUGGAUUUUCACAACAAUGGCAUUCAAGAGGUUCCUGUACAAGUUGAAGGUGAAAAAUGGAAGAUUGGGUUUUUUUUGUGUUUGUUGGUGAUUGUGUGGAUUAUGUUGAAGUGGUUUUAA